AUGGACCCACGAGGAUCUGGCUCCGGGUCUAAACCCAGACCUGGACCCAGGCCUGGACCUGCUCCCAGCUCUCAGUCUCUGAAAAGUGACCGGUCCAAAUUCCUUCCUCCAGACUUCAGAGAAGAUGGUCCUGAAGAUCAGAGAGUCAGCAUCCUUGGGGGUGUGGUUUGCGGUGACCUCAUCGGCCUGAACACCGCUGAUAGGGAUCCAGGUCCAAAGGAGCCGCUGGACGCCAUCUUGAGGCGUCUGCAAGAGGACGUGGUGACUUUUGUCAAAGAGCAGCUGCAGAGGAUCCAAAGGCUCCUGGCCUCAGAUUACCCAGAAUGCUCUGAGAGUGAGGAGGAGAGCAGAGAGGUUCUGAAGAUCGCCCUGGACUUCCUGAAGAGGAUGAAGCAGGAUGAGCUGGUCCAGCGCCUGCAGAGCAGAAGCACUGUUGGAGUUUGUAGAGAUGAACUGAAGAAGCAGCUGCAGCAGAAGUUCAGCCGUGUGUUUGAGGGCGUGGCUAAAGCAGGAGACUCCGCCCCCCUGACCCAGAUCUACACAGAGCUCUACAUCACAGAGGGCGGGGCCUCAGAGGUCAACCAGGAACAUGAGACCUUCUACAGCUCUGGACAGAACCUGCUGAAGACACCACAGUCCUCUGAGAACCUGCUGAAGACACCACAGUCCUCUGAGAACCUGCUGAAGACACCACAGUCCUCUGAGAACGUGCUGAAGACACCACAGUCCUCUGAGAACCUGCUGAAGACACCACAGUCCUCUGAGAACCUGCUGAAGACACCACAGUCCUCUGAGAACCUGCUGAAGACACCACAGUCCUCUGAGAACCUGCUGAAGACACCACAGUCCUCUGAGAACCUGCUGAAGACACCACAGUCCUCUGAGACCCUGCUGAAGACACCACAGUCCUCUGAGAACCUGCUGAAGACACCACAGUCCUCUGAGAACGUGCUGAAGACACCACAGUCGUCUGAGAACGUGCUGAAGACACCACAGUCGUCUGAGAACGUGCUGAAGACACCACAGUCCUCUGAGAACCUGCUGAAGACACCACAGUCCUCUGAGUCUGAGGGAACUUUCUACAUCUGUGCUGUGGACCAGGCCUUACAGAGUCCAAACGGACACCUGGACCUGUUCCUGCGCUUCCUCCUGGGGCUGUCUCUGCCGACCAAUCAGAGGCUGCUGUCAGACUCAGACCUGCAGGACUUUGACCUGAGGACAUACCAGGCCUCAGAGACAGGUCUCCUGGGUCUGCUGCCGGUGGUCAGAGCCUCCACCAAAGUCCUGUUGAGGGACAGUGGACUGUCCCCUCACAGCUGUGGUCCUCUGGCCUCAGUCCUCAGCUCCUCCAGUCUCACACACCUGGAUCUGAGUAACAACGACCUCCAGGACUCAGGAGUGGAGCUGCUGUGUUCUGGACUGAAGAGCGCCCCCUGUGGACUGCACACUCUCAGGCUGUCUGGAUGUCUGAUCUCAGAGAGGGGCGGGGCUGCUCUGGCCUCAGCUCUAAGCCCCGCCCCCUCCCAUCUGAGAGAGUUGGACCUGAGCUACAACCAUCCAGGAGGUUCAUCAGAGCUGCUGAAGGCUCUACAGGACGACCCACACUGCCCCCUGCAGGAACUCAGGUUGGAUCCUGCUGGAGAACAGUGGAUGGUUCCAGGUCUGAGGAAGUAUUCCUGUCGAGUGUCUGUGUUCCUGGACUCUGAGGCUGGAUCUCUGUCCUUCUAUGAGGUCCUCUCUGAUGGAGAACUGUUCCACCUCCACACCUUCACCUCCUCCUUCUCUGAGCCUGUGUUUCCUGGGUUUGGACUGAGGUCUGAAGGUUCCUCUGUGUCUGUGGUGGAUCUGAGGAGAGCGCCCCCUGCUGGACUGAGGUCUGAAGGUUCCUCUGUGUCUGUGGUGGAUCUGAGGAGAGCGCCCCCUGCUGGACUGAGGUCUGAAGGUUCCUCUGUGUCUGUGGUGGAUCUGAGGAGAGCGCCCCCUGCUGGACUGGGGUCUGAAGGUUCCUCUGUGUCUGUGGUGGAUCUGAGGAGAGCGCCCCCUGCUGGACAAUACAAUACUUCUUCUUAA